AUGCUGAAGGCAGCCCACAUGCAACGUGUCCUCUCUCCUUCCAUUUCUGGAGAAGCUGAUGCAAUUCCAAGGCCCUGGGCUGGGCCAGGGCUCGGUUCUCGCGCCAUAGUUUACAAAUGUUCAAGGGUGGCUGCUUCUGCAGCGCCUGCCCGGGACGAGAGCAGGGACGCUCGCCCGGGCCGGACUCACCCGGCCGGUGGAGAAGCGCCGGAGUGCCUGGCCACCCCGCCGCAGCAUGCUGGAAAGGAGCGGGAGCCGAGGGAGCCGCGGGGGCGCAGGAGGCAAGCGGGGGCCGCUCAGCCUGGGUGCGGCCUGCAGCCUACUAGCCCGGGGCAGAAGCGCUCGCAGCUCAGGGCCUCGGCGAGUCCCGGGACCCAGCUAAUGGCUCCGCCCCCUCCAGCUGGCAGGGCUCCCGGGGCCAAUCCCAUGCGGCUGGGCGGGGUGUACCGCAGUCUCCCGGGCAGCGCCGGUGCCCAGCCAGAGGGACAGCUCCCGGCGGCGGCCUCGGUUCCAGUUUUACUAGCUGUGGGAUCUUCAAUCCGGCUACUCACUGUCUCUGAGGAACCAUCCGCACAGGGUGCCCAGGAGAAGAGCAAUAAGAGCUCCGACGCUAGCUACCCGCAGGGCGUCGGAUACACGGGCUCUUGGAAGAAGCGCCUGGACGGCGACGUCCUCGAGGACCACGCCUUCCUGUGAAGCCCCCACCCCCCAAAUUUUGCCCUUUUUAGGCUUGACUGAGGGAGCAACUUCCCUAGUAUUAAAAGUGGCCUGGAGUCAGCAGGGAGAAAUGUAAGGUAUCGAUGUGGCCUGAGAAGUAAACUGAACAGUGC